CUGCGGAUCGCCGAGCGCUCAGAGAACACACUGAUCGAGUACAGUGUCACUUUUUACUUUUUAAUUUUGAAAAAGAAAAUCCAGGCAAAUUCAGCUAGCGUGAUGCAGUGACGAGUUCAGCUGAGAAACUGAACACACUGUCUCACUUCAGCGUAAAUGGAGAUAAAGACAGACAGACAGACAGACAGACAGACAGAGAGACAGACAGAUAGAUAGACAGAUAGAAAGGACGUCUGGACGCAGCACACAGUUUAUCGUUAUCGUUAAAAGCGUUGAUUUUGUCUCUUCAGUGUAGAUCGUUCUGUCUGCGUCGCCCCCUCUGGCUGCUAUGGGGAACUACAGCUCUACAGAGAUUGAAGUUUUUAAAGGCAUCGUAUCUGCAGCGGAGAGCGAGACACACACGCUGGAGAACCAAGCGCCAAAUAAUCAUGGUGAAGUGUGGGAUCGUCUGAGUGAAACGCUGCAGGAACCCGAUCUGUUCUCCCUCAAAUUCCUCCAUAACAUCACAGAGACAGCUGGAGAACCUUCAGAACCUAAAACAGAUGUUCCUCCAAAACCAGAAGUCUCUCCAUCUCCAGAGGUUUCCUCUGCGUCCUCUAUCUCCUCCUCCCCGACCAUCUCAUCCCUCGUUUCUGUCCUCAGAGCCUCAGAUUCCUCCUCGUCACGUCCUAAACCCCGUCUCGCUGCUCACGGUCCCCCGACUUUACAGAAACUCAAUGUGGAGCUUCAGGACAUGAGAGAGGAGCUGGAGCUGCUGAAGACUCAGCACAAGAAAGAAAUUAAACUGCUAAUGAACGAGCUAGAUGAAGAAAAGAAAAUGCGCCUUUCACUGCAGGUCGAGGUGGAGCGUCUUAAGAAGCACAUGUCCAAAUAAGACGUGGACAUGUCACGUUGUAAAGACGUUUCCAUGACAACUGUGGAAAUUAAACACCCUCCCAGGAUGAAACGAUUUGGUGUUUAAGAGAAGGAGACAAGGUGCUCUGAGAAAACUCGUUCUUCAUCUCCUGUGUCUUUGUGCUCCGGGAGUGUGUGGAUCCUCAACUAAAAGACGUGGUUCCCUUCAUACUAACAUCUGAGUGCACUACCUAGUACCCUAUUUACACCAGAAAUAAACACACCCCUUGGUAGUGCGCUCAGUCUUAGAUCUUACUGUAUGUGUAUUUUAUUCGUUUUUCUUCUACAACAACAACUGCUGUCUUCCACUUACCAUAUAUGGUCGUAGUUUCCUGUUCAUGUUCAUGUCACAUUUUGUGUUUAGGAUUGGAUGAUUUGGCACAAAAUAUCAUAUCACUAUACUGAAGACAUCAUUAUGAUAAAUCACAUUAAACACAACAUCCACUCAGAUACUUGUUACAGUGAGUAAAUAUGGAGUCAGAAAAACACCUGAAAAACACUUGAACCCACAAUACUGAGAAAAGUGUAUGAUGAUGUCGAGCCCUCUGGGCUUCCUGUUCUCUCUCUCUCUCUCUCUCUCUCUCUCUCUCUCUCUGUCUGAUGGGAGAACGAAGGCUUCAUGAAACUCUGGCACCAUCUGCUGGAGAACUGGUGUAAAUGCUUUGAGGAAAAUUUUAACAGUUAAUUGUGUGUACUUUUUAUUUGAUGCUUAUCUGUAAUGUUCUGAAAUAAAAAGUGUGUGUUAC